AUGCGACUUCCGCUCUGGAUAGCGGUAUUAACGGCUUUAUGUAUAGGAGUAGCCUGUCAAACCACUGCAACCAAUGGCGCUGCCGGCAGCAUCACGACGGAAGUCAUCAUCAUAUCGAUCGUCAAUAAUGUCACCGUCACGGCAACAGACACGGUAACAGCCACGAAAACCGUGGGGGGUCAAGCAGGCACGACUGGGGCGGCGGCCACAUCAUCGCCUGGAGGAGGCAACUCAACCAGCUCCAGAGGCGCCACAGGGACAGGAGGCAUACGGCCAAACGCCACGAGCACACAACUACCGGUACAAGCCCAUGCUGUGCCAGGGAGCAGAGGAGUAGGGACUUUCUUGUCGUUAGUAUGGCUAGCCUUGGCAUUUGUACUGCUGGGUUGA